AUGUCAUUGAAUGGGCUUGAUGGGGCUGCGGUUGCCGAAGCGCACCAGGCUGCGCUGGCGGAAGCUGGAGGAUGGUUUUUGUUGAAGUACGUCAAUCGCGACACCGUGGAAUUGUUGAAGAAAGGAACUGGAGGAGUGCAAGAAGUGAAGAGUGUAAUAGAACAAUAUGAAGACAAAUCGCCCCUCUAUGGACUGGUGCAGUAUCGGCGCAAGAAGGUCAUCCUCAAAUAUGUACCAGAGGGAACUUCGCGCCUCUUGCAAGUGCGACUUACCGUUCAAUUUCAAUCUGUCCUGGAGACCUUCACACCGCAUGAUACAGUUUUCUCCUUUACUACGGCGUCCGAGGUGUCCGAGUCCGCCCUGGGACUGUGCACCAUGCUGCUACCGUCGGCUUCGUCGUUGACCUCGUCGAGCUCGUCCCUCCGCCGGCGUCGACUCGAUGAAAUUACCGAGGACGCAGAAGAGGGUGCGGUGCCACCCAAAGAAAAUGCCGCUCGCCCAGCGCAAUCUGAGGAGGCACUGACACCGACGUACGGAAGGUGCGAACUCGAUGAGCUGCCUGCAAGCGCGGUCCUCGCAAAGGCUCUUCUGGCAAAGAGAAAAGAAGAGGCUGCGGUCACUGUAAUAACGGACUCUUCGCCAGAGGAGCUUCGACCGCCUCGGAAAGACAGCCUUGCUCCAAAGCCCCCGAUCUCACCACUUCCUCCCUCGAUCGACAAGGCUCUACCAGAAACUCCUGAGUCAACACCGCCCACCACCAGUGAAGGCGAGCCUCCCAAACCACCGGAUUUUGAAGCCACGAGCAAUAUCCUUCUCGAUGCUACCGCAAUUGACCCUCCCGAACCGCUUACUCCUCGUCCUGGCCCUCAAACCCGUCACCUCUCCGCCGCUGAGUCGAAUAGCAUUAGUCAAUGGAGUAAUAACGUUGCUUCUUUUGCAGCUGUGAAACCGAAAAAGAAAAAGCUGGGACCCAGGCCUCACGUUGAUUCAGCUCAUCGGCCCAAAACAUCAGGCACUACUGAUAGCAGCAUGAAUGUACGCCCCGUUGCAAAUCUACCAAACACAAUCCGAGUGAACAAUAGAUCUCUGGUCAGCCUCGCUCUUCGUCCUGGAUCCCAGCAAUCAACUCGCAGCACUCCUGGCCGCUUUGCGCCUUCAAGCCAUUCAAUCAACAGUCCCCCGCCUUUGCCCUCUCCAUCCCAUCUCCAAGCACUCUACAAGCCAGGAGAAAGCCGACUGACGAUAUCGAGACCUGCUUCCGUGACCACUGAAACUUCGACCGCGACCCCGGAAAAGCUGAGGUUGAUGAAGGCAUUGCAACUGCGGAAACGAAACAUACUCCUAGCACAACGGGCGUCCGCGGUAACCUCUCCACCUCCUCCAAAUGCCCACACACACAAUGCCUCUGAGUCAAGUGUCAGUACCCAUUCUUCAAGCAAUCACCUGUCACCUAUUCCUAGCAGGGAACAGCUUUCGAAUAUUGACGAAGAAUCCAAAAUCACUCAAUCUUCGAGCGCGACAUCCCCGACAUUUACGACGAACGUGUCGGAAGAGCCGUCGACGAAGGCGUCCUCUUUCACUGAGCAGGAUGACCUUGCUAGGAAGCGGCGCUCGUUAUCCUCAGCCACCAGCUCGUCCAUAACACCGAAGGCGCCUACCCAGGAAAACCCAAGCCAUGUAAAAUCUCCGGCAAGUUCGACGGACAAUAGGCCGGCGAGCAGGUCAGGACUCGGAAUCGCGAUCGUGAAACCCGAAGAGCUGUAUGAGGUUGUGACAAAGCCAGCAUCAACCGAGACAGGAACAUCGCAAGGGCGAGAAAUUGAAACUCCUGCUUCUCAAGAUGAUCCUCGACCUAUUUCCGAUGAACGACAGCAAGUUUCAGCACCCAGAAAGGAUAGUGGUCUAGCAUCCUCUCCGGCGUCGGAAUCCCCCUCCAAAUCUAGACGUCUGGGGCCACCCCAACCUUUACGAAUCUUAUCAGGAGGUGAUGCUUCCGCAUCAGAUGUCUCCGAGGACGAGUCACUGAUGGACGAACUUCAACACGCUACUGUCCAUGAGGCUAAACCAGUCUCCGUUGCUCGUUCGCCGGUGACUCCGAUAAUGUCAAAAGGAAGCUCUGAUCGCCUCCGCGAAAUUGUCAGUAAGACUUCGAAUUCUAGCUACCAGGCCCGACGAAGCGCAGGAAGCACUCCUGAUCGGAAUAGGUCAGGCAGCAAAUCCGGUAGCAUUCGAAGUGUCUCAACAGCGCUUCCGCAAUGGCCCCCUGUGCAAACGGAGCCAGUCCAAAUUCCUUUGUCCAAGAAACCCACACUGGGGACAGGCAUUUCAAAACGCAUCAAAGCCUUGGAAGUGCUAACAACCAAGGAUAUGAACUCUCAACAGGCUCAUCAACCAAGUCGGGAGACCAUUACCGGUCGAUCGGCGUUUUCAUCUUUCAUGAAACGCUCGUCGUUCUUGUUGAACCAGCAGCCCCCCAACGCAUCGACCGAGGCAUCACCGCCAAAACAAUUGCCUGCUUCAACUUCUCAAUAUGACCCUGGCCCUUCCCAUGCGACAAGAGAGCCCAGACGUCCCUCAGUCGACGUCCAUGGCUCAUUACAAAAGGGUGACACCAUAUCUGUCACUGCGCGAAUCGUACGGGAUCCCAGCAAACAGCAUCCUCCUAUUUCACCGAGUUCUAGCUACAAUACUCCCCUCAACCUGUUCCGCAGUCCUUUGAUUGUGGAGCACGAGAAGCAGGACGAGACCUCCAGGGACCAGUCACUGGCUUUGAUCCAAUCUGCAACCAAGAGCCCGACGAAAUCUGAAAGGGGCCGAUUUUCCUUCUCUUCUCAUCGAUCUGCUUCUCAGACGAAUCUGCCUCGCUCCGAGUCAACCCACAGUAAAAUUUCACAUGCGAGCACCUACAAGAAACAUGGACCACGAUCAGCCAGUGACGCCGCAUCAUUUUCGGAGGAGAAAUCAAAAGGCUCAAGGACUAGCAGACUAAUGAGGAGGAUGUCAAAUCUCACAGGCUCGCGCAACAAAAGCCACUCGGUAUCGAAGGAGCAGGCUCAUCCGAACACAAUCCAGGAACAAUCAGAGCCGGCCGGGGGGAGUUCAAUAUCUGAAUCCCUCCUGCAUGUUGUCGACAUUGGAGAUGUCAACGUACAAUUUCCAGAGUCGUUCUUAUGGAAGCGGCGUUUCAUGAAGAUUGACGAUCAAGGAUAUUUAAUUUUCUCCCCGCCGAUGAAUGACGCAAAUCCGAAGAACGUCAAACGCAAAUAUCACCUGAGCGACUUCAAGCGACCGUCACUCCCUGACCUUGAACGAGAAGAAAUGGCGUGGAGUAUUAUACUUGACCUAAAGGACGGCAGAUGCGUGCAGUGCGCGUGCGAAAGUAAACAUGCCCAACACCAGGUUUUACAAAGUGAGUAG